GUCUAUCUCAGACAUGGGAAGUGAGCACUACUGCCUGAGGUGGAACAAUCAUCAGAGCAACCUGCUGGGCGUCUUCAGCCAACUGCUCCGGGACGAAAGCCUCGUUGACGUCACACUGGCCUGCUCGGAAGGCCACUCGAUCCGUGCUCACAAGGUAGUACUGUCGGCCUGCAGCUCAUAUUUUCAAAAUCUCUUCGUUGACCACCCGAGCCGACACCCAAUCGUAAUAUUGAAAGACGUGCGUUUCGCCGAAUUACGCACCCUCGUCGAUUUCAUGUACAAGGGCGAGGUGAACGUUGAGUACUGUCAGCUAUCGGCGCUGCUCAAAACGGCCGAAAGCCUCAAAGUUAAGGGGCUCGCCGAAAUGACCAAUUUAGGCCCAAAUAGGGAUUAUGACAAGGGCGGCGUCCCGGAGCCUGAACAGCUCGAACCGACCGAGCUCGUCAACAAACGGGUGAUGAUGACGGAAGAAUCGUCGUCUUCCAGCCGACCAGACAGACCAGACAGGUCUGAGAGGAUUGAUAGGAUCGAAAGGUUGGAUAGGAUGGAAAGGAUUGAAAGGAUCUCGGAACGAAUGGAAAGGAUCUCCGAUCGGUUGGAAAGCAGCAACAGGGAGCAACAGAUUCAAACGCCUCCUGCAAAAAUCCCCAAGAACAGCAGCCCUGAAAGGCCCGAAAGUGUUGAAGGUGACAGAUCUGAAUCUCCCGCUGAAGAGUGCAGGCCGAGUGAUAUGAGUAUGCAUAAUAAUGGAAAUAAUGUGAGCUGUACGACCACCUCUGCAACUGUUGGAACACCUUGUAACAGGAUACCGUCUCCAAUUAACAGCGAACCGUUACCCGGUCCUUCUAAUUUACCGCCAGUCCAACAAGUGCCUCUC